AAAGAUUUGCUUGUGUAUUUUGUAUUGUGGUUGUGAAUUUUUAUAUCAUUUUUCAGGGCAUGCUUCUCAAGGAACUUCAAAUCGUAAACUUCUGAUUGUUGAUGCUCGGUCGUAUGCAGCUGCUGUGGCAAACAGAGCUAAAGGUGGAGGAUGUGAGUGUCCAGAGUACUACUCCAACUGUGAGAUACAGUUCAUGAGUCUGGCGAACAUUCACAGUAUCCGUAAAAGUUUUCACAGCUUGCGUGUGUUAUGUGCUUCACCUCCAGACCAAGUCAACUGGUUAUCAGUUCUGGAGAGCACUCGGUGGUUGCAUUAUGUAGGGGGUCUUUUACGAGCUGCUGUGAUUGUUGUCAGUGCCCUGGAUAUUGAGAAGCGACCUGUACUUGUUCACUGUUCUGAUGGAUGGGAUAGAACUCCACAGAUUGUAGCUCUGGCAGAAGUCAUGCUGGACCCUUAUUAUAGAACUAUGCAGGGAUUUCGUGUUCUCGUUGAACGAGAAUGGCUAGAUUUUGGCCACAAGUUCAGUGACCGUUGUGGUAAUGGUCCUGGGUUGGAAGACCCUAAUGAAAGAUGCCCAGUUUUUCUUCAGUGGCUGGACUGCAUUCAUCAGCUCCUUCAUCAAUUCCCAUGCAGCUUUGAAUUUAGUCAGCAGUACUUGGUCAAGCUGGCUCACCAUACGUUUUCUUGUCUGUUUGGGACAUUUCUAUGUAACAGUAGUCAGGAACGUGACCAGGAACACGUGAGAGAAAGGACUUUUUCAGUCUGGGCGUACCUUGCUUCCAGACCAGAGAGCUUCUACAACUAUCUGUUUGUUCAUAGUGAACAGGUGUUAAGGCCUUCGUGUCAGAUAAGAGAUAUGGUGGUCUGGUCCGACGUGUACCUUCCUCCUGCUGUGAUGCCUUCAGUUUGUAACGAGGAUGUGGACAGUGCUGGAGAUUUUAGUACACCAGAUACAAGUCAACUGGUCAAAACCAAGUCGUGUGACAAUAUCUUCCAACUGGGCCAUCAUCCUGAAAGACAGAGACGGUCCAGUGAUCCAGCAAUUGGUGUUGGUGAUAUAGCUGAUCCUGGGCCAGAACAGCUGCAUUCUGGAGAUAAUACUCUAGUCUUAACCCUUAAUGUUGGCUUAAACUGCGAAGCUGCAGAUCAUACUUGUACCUCUCCAGCCGUGGAAGUUCAAGGUGAGGAUCAAAGUUCCUGUCAGUCUGCUCCCGAGGCGACUAAUCCAUCCAUUGAUGGAUCCACAGACACAUUAGUUAGUGAAAAUGGGACGGUGCCUUCAGACAGUUCCAGAACUUCAAUACAAUCAGAAACCAUAGAAAAUAGUUAUACAGAAUGUUUGAAUGUUACCAGGUCGAAAGAAGCUGUGGGAAAUUGUAAAAUACUCCCUGACUUCUCACCUAACAUGCUCUCUGCAAGUACAAGCACAACAGAUAUAAGUGGUUCAUGCAUAUGUGAAAGUGGUACAGUGUCAAGUUGUUGGUUGGCUAAGACAACACCAUGGACUGACUUGUUAAACACAAACAAUCUAGAUAUGAAAGAAGUGAGGAAUGUAUCUAGUGAGAGAAGGAUUCGAAACCUCUGGGAUGAAGAUUCUCCUUCAUCCUGUGGAAAGUCUUCAAUUUCCUGUUCUUCGAGUGCAGGAGGAUACAGUUCUCGCUAUUCAACACCUCAGCAUUCCCGAACACCCAGUUCUGGUUUUCCUCCUACACCUAGCGAUGAUCGAGUCUAUGAAGCCACCGCUUCCCGAGGCCAUGUCAUUUUAGCUGACAGUCUGGAUUACGAUGGUCUUCUCAUUGCACAGGACAGAAUGCAGCAAAGAUUACAACAGAUUAUCACUGCUCAUCAGAUGGAAGUAGAAAACCUUCAGAGGAAACUUAAAAGUCUGAAAAAAAUGUUGAAUUGUCAUCAUUGUUGCUGUCAAAAGAAUGGUCAUGGACACGAUUGUUGUGAAGAAGAGGGAUCACUUUCAGACUCGGCCUGCAGCGGUGAGCACCAGUCUAUAGGCCAGGAAAGCGUGUCUUCAGAUCUAAGCUGGGAACAUGUAGAUGAUGGUGAUGCUCAGGCUACCUUGUGGGUUCCAGACCAUGCAGCUUCUCAGUGUAUGGGCUGUGAUGCCGAGUUUGGUCUAGUGCGGCGACGACACCACUGCAGAAGUUGUGGAAAAGUGUUCUGUUACCAGUGCUGUAGCCAGGUGUUGCCAGUGCCUAGUGAACAGCUGUAUUCACCUGUUCGAGUCUGCCAGCAGUGCUUCGAAGGCUUAAGGUCUCGCUGCAGACAGCAGCUGAUGAGCUGUGAAAAACUUCCAAAACAUGUAGUGACAGCAGCAUCCACUUGAACAUUUGUUUCAUUGAGUGCUCAUAUUCUAUGUACAGUGUUGUCAGUUAUUCUGGAGGGCUUUAUAAAAACUUGAACUUUGACAUACAAAGAACAAUUAUAGUCAUUAUCAAAACGCAACCAACCCAUGUUUAGUAUAUACUGAUAUUCAUUAAGAACUUAAAAAAUUUUACUUACUGUAAUUUCUUGAUUUAGAUCCAAAUUUGCAUAGAUACAGCAUCAAGAGAAAAAGACACGAAAUUCUCCAUCGUGGGCUGAGAACUUUAACCACUGAAACCUCAAAAUCCUUGAUUAAUUUACGAUAAAAUUCAAUCACACAUGCUACUCAAACAUCUUCAGUAAUAAUAAUUACAAUGCAACAUCUAUUUUUGUGGAACACAUUGCUGGAGUUCCACAUUUGGGGAAAUCACUUAGUUUUGGAGACUCUCUCUCUGCUUGAUUUCUAAAUGUUUUCAGUCAGUGAAUAUGUUUACCACCUACAAUUUCUAACCUUUGUGUUAUUAAGACAUGAUGGCACUUCCUUGAGUUUGGUGUAAUUAUUUGUGUAUUUCAGAGAAAAUAAUUUUUUAAGAAUUAAUAUUGUAACUAACUGAAUUUUAAAGGUCUUCUGUUAACUGUAAAGAUAUAUGUGCCAGUGUAUAUUGUUUGAAUAUAUAUAUAUAUAAUUAUAUAAACCCAUGUGUGAUAUUCCUACCAAAGUUUACUUUUUUUGUAGAAAUAAAUACAGUAAACCAAGCUGCUUGCUGAUCAGACUUUUUCAGCUGUAAUUUUUUGUCUAUCAGCUUUGUGUUACCAGUUUAUUUUAUAAAGCGUUCCGAUACACAUUGUAUGAAAGAUAUGGAAUCAUAAUUUUUAGAAACGACCUACAAAAAAAGUUGUUUCCAUAAAAUCUCUUAAGUUACCCUUAUGUUCACAUCCUAUAGUAGCACUGUUUUAUUUUAAAUAUUUACUUAAAAAGAAAUUAGUUUUAGACAUAAAUGUAAGAAUAACAGUAGUAGACCUCGUCAAUAUUGCAGUAAUAAGUUUGAAAGUUUUUUACUGAAUUUACAGAGAGUUUUGCAAGAAAGAAGCUAAUUCAUAUUUAAUUUUAAGCUGCAAUGAAACGGUUGAAAAUUUUUUUAUUUGGCAACAAGUUUUCAAAAUGCUAACAGUCUUCACCAGGUUGGUCAUGUAAGCAAAGCUGAAAUGAAUCAAUAGUAGGAACUCUGUUUUACUUAUCCGUAAGAAAAACUAGGUAGCCUUCUGUAAAUAAUACCGAAAGAAAAUUAAAAAAUAUAACAAGUCCAGCUCGGUAUGUGUCUUGUAGUAAUUUAUAAAAACUCAAUUUACUCGUCAGUAACUGUUUUCCUUUUGUUGUUUUUCUCUUCCAAAGUUCCCUACUAUAUCUAAAACUGUUUGAUUUUCAUUCUGGUUCAAAUAUGCUAGUGACAUUCAAAACCAAGUUAUUCAGCUAUUUGUAGAAUCAUUACAACAACUCUGGAGUAGUAUAGUUAAAUUAAUUAGUUUUUAUUUCAUUCAUACAACUGUUUUAAUGUUUGCUACUUUUGUAAAAUAAACAGAAGUUGAUUGUUAGUCUAGUACAUCAAUUUGAUUUACUUUGGUUUCAGUUAGCCCUAACCCUUUAGGAUUUCUUUACUCUAGUAAAAAGAAAAUAGAUUUGUGUGCGAUAAUUUUGGCAUGUUUUGUCAAAUUAUUUUCUUAUAAGAGCUGCAUUAGUUACUCUACAGCAAACUAGAGAAAGUAGGUAAAAAUAUCCCCUAGUGGCACAGCAGUAUGUUCGCAAGCUUACAGUGCUAGAAACUGGGUUUUGAUACCCGUGGUGGGCAGAGCACAGAUAGCCCAUUGUGUAGCUUUGUGCUUAACUUCAAAUAAGCAGGUAAAAAUAUCCCCUAGUGGCACGGCAGUAUGUUUGCAAGCUUAUAAUGCUAGAAACUGGGUUUUGAUACCCGUGGUGGGCAGAGCACAGAUAGCCCAUUGUGUAGCUUUGUGCUUAACUUCAAACAAGCAGGUAAAAAUAAACAUUUUAGUUGUGUAUUUAACAACUAAAACAAAAAAACCUACACUUUCCGAGAAGUAACUCUGUUAACAUGGUUAACAGUUUAUUUGACUGAGCCCCCAGUGACAUGUCUGUGGAAUUGUACGUCUAGAAACCAGGUUUCAAUACCUGUGGUGGGCACAGCACAGAUAUCCCUUUGUGCUUAAUAACAAACAACAACGUUCAACCGAUGAUGACACAGUUUAUUUGACUGAGCCCCCAGUGACAUGUCUGUGGACUUGUACCUCUAGAAACCAUGUUUCAAUACCUGUGGUGGGCACAGCACAGAUAGCCCUUUGUGCUUAAUAACAAACAACAACGUUCGACCGAUGAUGAUGACAGUUUAUUUGACUGAGCCCCCAGUGACAUGUUUGUGGACUUGUACCUCUAGAAACCAGGUUUCAAUACCUGUGGUGGGUACAGCACAGAUAGCCCUUUGUGCUUAAUAACAAACAACAACGUUCGACCGAUGAUGACACAGUUUAUUUGACUGAGCCCCCAGUGACAUGUCUGUGGACUUGUACCUCUAGAAACCAGGUUUCAAUACCUGUGGUGGGUACAGCACAGAUAGUCCUUUGUGCUUAAUAACAAACAACAACGUUCGACUGAUGAUGACGUGUUUUGAAACUACUAUCCCUGUACAACUCUUUUGGUAGAAUAUAAUUAGUUCCGAAAGUGUGAUUUUCUCUUUUAAGUUGUAGAAAGUUUUAGCAUUAAAAGUGAAAUAAUCAUUAUACAAUAGAAAUGUGUUAAAAAAUUCAAUUUGAGACAAUGAUUACGUAUAUUUAUUUAUUCUAAAAGUGGAAGAAAAAAAGACUUAUCAAGCCUAACUUUUAGUCGUCAGGAGCCAACUCUGUUGUUAUACUUGUCUUCUUGACAGUUUUAGGCCUAAUCACAUAAAAUAUUUAUUCAAGUUAAUCCAAUUUCUUGUUAGACUAGCUUGUUUAAAUGUUCUGUUACUAGAAUACGAGUUAUUUUUGUUGUUUUGCAUGAAUACAAAAUUUGUAAACAUUGUGAAAUUACUUAGGUUUAAGUAUUGGCAGGAUUAUCCAAGAAUUUCAUUUUGUCUAAUAUUAAUCUAUAAACGAAGAUGUACAGGAUUUAUACACUUCUCUGAAUCAGUAGCACCUUUAAUUACAAUGGGUCUCUCUCAACGAUUGUUGAUCACAGUUACAUCCUGUUGAAAGGGACUUCACUGUUGUUUACAAAAUUAACAAAGUGAAAUAAAUCAGUUAUCCUGAUCUAGAAUGGGAAGUUUCCCAAUCCUAAAAACAUUCUAAAAGUUUUGUUAUAUGGACAAGAGAAUAGAUAUCUUUAGCUAAGUGUUUGCUUGCGAUUUCAUUUUUCUUCAUUAUAUAAUUUUCUCAAUUUCUCUAGUGUGACUAGUGACUGUAACCAAAACUUUUAAAAAAGUACCUUGUUACAGGUACUUUAUCCUGCCUUUUGAAAACACGAUAUAUGCAAAAACCACUAGCCGUUUUGUCCCCUCACGUUGUUCGUACAGUAUAGUGUCAUGUUCAACAAUUCAGUAAGUACACGUGCACACUGUUCAACGCAGAGAAAAAAUUGUAGGUCCGUGGUACUGUUUGCAACUAUGUUUUUUUUCCUUAAACUGAAGACAGAAAUUUUGUAUUUGAUUUCCAAACUCACCUAGUUCCAAUAUGGAACUACAUCAAGACAUGUUCCCUUAUCGUGUUAAGUAAGUUUUCAUACAAUAACCAAGCUGUAAGUCACUGUUUUACUUUGUAGGAUUAUAAGAUUACAUUUACAUCCAUUUCCACAACGUGCAGGUGAUGAACGUUGUUGUUCAGUAGCUUGUAAUGCUAAUAUCUUCACACUGGUUGUAACAUGAUCUUUGAAUUGAAACUUUAGAAAUAAGAGACACUAAAUGGUUUAUCACCAUUUAUAAGAUACCCAACAACUGAUUAAUCCUUAGUGAUUUUCAAAUGACACAAAUAAAAUUGAUGAUAAUCACAAGAAAGUAGCAUCUAGAUCACCAUUGAAAGAAGUCCUGGAAUUGUAAAGUGGCUCCAUCUGUAAUGUGUCAUUACUGGUAAAAAAGUCUUAUGAUUUGCAGCAAUUCUGGGCACUAACUUUAUCAUACAAGCCAGUUAUGACAAGUUUUAAUUUUAUUAACCCAAUCUUGACUUUUCCUUGAGGUUUUUAUUAAUGCUAUAUAUAUAAUUUGUCUUCAUUUACACCUUUCAAAAAAUUCAAAUGUUGAAAAACUAACUUAAAAAUGAGAAAUUUUCAGUGUUGCAUUAAAUAUUUGUAGUACAACACGAAGUGUCCAUUUUUUUCUUCUUUCCAUGCAAGUUGUUUAAAUUGCUCAUGUAAUUGAGGAAUCCCUAAUCCUUAAUUUAUAUAUAUAUAUAUAUAUUAAUUUUCUGUUGUAAAGUUUUGACAGUGUAGUUAUGUGAAAUCUUAAAAACAAUGACCUAUAAAAAGGUAUCUUUACUGGAAUUAGUUUAGUACGAGGAUGAAUACAGACCGAGAGUAAUGAUCUAUGUAUUUACCUAUUCACACCCAAGAGAUAUGUCCAGACUUGUCAUUCACUGGACCAGAGAUGACUUUAAAAACAAAUAGUAUUGAAAGGAAUGUUCACUAAAGUUACUGUUCUGGGGUUAUCAGAAGUUUCCCACAACACUAAUUGUUUUUUAAGCAUAGCUGGAUUGUAGUCUGUGUGUGUAUGUACAGAAUAGAAGAACUGUGAAUAAACAAAACUAAACCUGAUGUUUUGUUCUGCUUGUA